UAAAAAAUUUAUCAUAUGGCAAGAGCACAGCAAGAGCUUUUAACACAUUCAAAGAGGUCUGGCGGUCACUUAAAAACACACAAAGGAAAGAACUUUAACAGAGAAAAGAAAAAGUUGAAGAAAGGAGUGGUUAAAUUAGGCAAAAUCGACACGGCUGUUAAGUCUAUUAAAUUUGAUGAUUAGAGUAGAAAAUUAGUUAUAUAUGAAUAUACAAAAUAAAAAUAAGAAGUGC